AUGGUCGCAGAUCGGAAUGUAUGUCUCGACUACACCAUCCGAGUUGCCUACCUCCAGGCCCUCCUUGACAGACGAUCUGAGGCUGCUGCUACCAAGGAAGAAGAGGCAUCUCCCCCGUUACCUACAAAUCACGCCGCUUCCUCUCGCAGAUCUCAUGAUGGAUCGUUCUUGGCAACGUUUGACCUCGGAUCGCUGAUGGGGAAGGAUUCGUCAAAGUCGCCAAAAUAUCCUGAAAAGCUCCUCAAAUUCUUCGAUAGCUCGCUGCAGAGGAUAGCCAUGGGUCAAGAGCCAAAAUAUUCGAAUCAAAGGUUUCGACGCACGGUGGCAAGAUUUUGGUCAUCGACUUGGCCCGACAAGACUUUUCAACGUCAGAUGAAGGAAUCACGGAAGAUUGAGGAUCUCAUCUUGGCUUUCGUCACCACAUCGACGAAGACAUUGCAGAAGGAUGAAGAGUUGGUGGACGGUGCCUGGAAGUCAGAACUCAGCUUGCAAGUCUCUCUCUUUUUGGAUCUUCUAUAUGACUGCCUGAUCUCCCUUGGACCGCUCUCUCCUGAACUGGCCUCCCGUUUACAAUCUUAUCGCAACCGAUUAAAAGCUCAGGACGCUACUGCCAAGACAGACACGGGUGCAGAGGAUCGAUCAAAAGAAAGGAACGAUCCGGAUGGCCUAAGUGUCUUGAGAAAGGAGAAUGGGAAUAGUUUGAUGGGGCCAUUACUCGAUAUAGUAGCAACUCUCUUCCAUCUUCAAAGGGAGGAUCUUCAGCGUAUCAUCACGGACGGAGAGACUAUUUGUACGGAGCAGGCUGCAUUAGACGAUCUUAAGAAAUGUCUGAAAUCACUCAAUACCGACACACCAUACCUCUACUCACCUUACGAUUUCGCUGACCCUGGUUGUUGGAAUUCAUGGCGUACCAGCGAGGUAUCGGCUCUCUCACAGCUAAUGCUGAGCAUGAUGCAAUCGAAUCCUUCUCUUCAGCAGACUGCGGAUCGCCAAUCACCAUCAGACUUGCCAUUUCAAUUGGAUACACUCAAUUUAGAUCCAGGAGAAUACCACUUCGUUUACAUACCCCCAAACCCGAAAGCUACAUACUGCGAGCUGUUGGAUAGAUGCCUAAAUCACGAUUUGGAACUACUAAAAUCACUCCCCGAAGACGAGGAUGUCUCUUUAGGGAUCUUGUCACACGAGCAUGUCAAUUUGCUCCAGGUGUGUGCUGCUAGAUGGAGACUCCUUUCAUCAUUCCGAACAUGUGCGUUUUUGUCCGCCAUUGUCGAUCGAUAUCAGCAAGGAGACGUACCCUCGGCAUGCGUACAUGAGGCACAGGCAAUGGUGAAAAGAUUACAGACAGAUUUCCCUGCUUCGGCAUGGCCGAAACCAGAUAAGGAAUUGCUUGAUCGGACCAUACAUCGCCGAAACGAUUGCUUCUUGCAAGCUGUCGAAACGGCUCUUCAUUGCUCCAAAGGCUAUCACUCGGAAGAGUUCCUUGAAGCUGUGGAAGAUUGGGAUUUACUCAAUGUGUCAGAAGAGCAGCAGCGUCAUUUGUCUACCAUCACAACCGAAAUUCUGGAUAGCGUCAAAUCCCAAGCUUUCAACUCCUACAUUGAUCAUGCCUCUAAACUUCUAGAUCAAGAGGGCUCGAAGACUAGCGCGUUUGCGCUCCAGCUAGGAUCAUGGAUAGAGAAAGAAGCCAAAAAACUCGAUAAACGGUUCGCCGCCCCUAUAAGCAGUGAAAUCGAUAUUGUGCCCCUCGUACUUCAACAACAGUUGACGUUGUGGUUCCGAGACCUCGAGGAUACUAUUCUUGCGCAAUCGCCCAACAACCUUCGCUUGAAUAUGGAGGAGAUGUUUGUGUUGUAUCGAAAAUCUUGCAAAUUGAGCGAUAUGGGAAACGCAUUUCUGAAAGACAUGAAAUACGUUCUCCGGUUCCCUUUGCCGCCUUUGUUCACUGGCCUAGUGAACAUAUGGUUGGAAGAAACGGCGUUAAAAACGAAAGGUUGGUCCGAUCAGGCUUUGGCGGUAGACAGUUUUGAACCGACUUCCCCAAAUGGACCGUCAUCUUCUGUGACCGAUCUAUUUGACUCCUUCAGGAGUGCGGUACACUUCCUCAUGGGUCUAAAUUGGCCAGACGAGCAGCAGUUAGCAGGAUUCGCCACCCGCUUGGCCAAGAUCAUCAGUUUCUCCGUCAACGACUAUUGUCAAAAGAUAGAGCAAUUAUUCGCCCAAGACAUGCGCCAAGGUGAAACAGUAUCCACAGCCGCCAAACAGAAAGCGUGGCUAGACAAAGCUAAAGCAACGCUCGCAUCUCUGCAAGGCGAGCGAAAAUUGCAAGCGUUCUUCAACUUCACGCCGCAGUCUUGUGUAAAACUCAACAACAUCGAAGCGGCUCGUCAACAGUUGGAUCAGCUAUACGACCAAAUGAGGGUUGAUGACCUAUCAGCUUACGAUGUAGCCGGAGGAUCUGUUCAGAGCGGUUAUCAGGCUUACUUGUUCACUGUGAAGAUUGUUCUGGCUGAAGGACUCACGCUCGAAAGUAACAAUAAGUCACCGGACAGCUUCGUCAUACUGAGCGACGAACAUGGUAAUCGGUACGCCAAAACCCGGACGAUCUAUGAUGAUACAGACCCUCGAUGGGACGAAAGCUUUGAUAUUCCCGUCAAAGGCAGCGCUUGGUUCAUGGCAACAGUUCGCCAUCGUAAUAUCACCGGCAAACAUGAUCUUUUAGGAAGGUCGUAUCUUCGUCUCGACCCUUCUCAGCAUGGGGAUCUGCUCUCGAAGGACGUCUUACUGCCUCUGGAUACAAGGGGUCAUCUGUUGAUGCGAGUCGCAAUGGAAGGAGAAAGAGAUGAUAUCCAAUAUCAUUUCGGUCGAGCGUUCAGAUGGCUCAAGCGCACAGAGUCUGACAUGGUACGGACAUUUGUGGACAAGUUGGUUAUUAAACCGACCAUCAACGGGCCAAUCGAUUACAAUGAGGCUCUCGGAAAGAUCUCCGCGGCGUACAGGUCUGCCAUGGGCUCUACGGAAUAUACUAUCCCGCCGACAAAGGAAGAGAAGUACCGAGGUCCCACCGACGCUGACAUCGAAACGGCGAUACAUCCGCUCUUCGAUUAUUUGGACACCAAUAAUCAUACGCUUGCGUCGUCAUUAUCGCACGAUGCCAUGCAAAUGGUCAUGGCCAAAUUGUGGAAACAGAUUUUGAUGACAAUCGAAGCCCUCAUAGUGCCGCCAUUAUCAGACAAACCUUCUCGAAUGAGAGCCCUAGGAGAUGGCGAACUAGAUAUCGCUCUGAAGUGGUUGAAAUUCCUCCGAGACUUUUUCUAUGUCGGUGGAGAUGCUAGUGGGGUUCCAUUGAGCACAUUGCAAAAUGCCAAAUUCAAUGAAAUAUUGUCUGUCAGGAUAUAUUACGAUUGGAACACUGACGAUCUUAUGGAGGAAUGUAUUCGAGGGUUCCAAUCGACCUUGAAGUAUCGAGCCACCAAGCCUAGCAAGUCAUUAUUGUCGCAGCGGAAUCUCGGUACUAUACGUGCCAGGAAAAGUGCCAAACGAGCUUUACCCAACUCUAGCAGCAACACCGAAAUGAUCAUGCGGAUUUUACGAAUGAGGCAAGGAACACAAGAGUUCCUGGCUCAGCAACUGCAGACUAUAUCGGUUGUAAAAUUAGAGAAUCCCAAGAAGAGUCGAAAUAGCCAAUCUAGAUUGGUCAGGUGA